AUGAUUAUUGAUAUCAAAAUUAAUACUAAUAUUCGCUUGGCGCUCAAGAAGGGUGUCGAGAAAGGAGAGCUGAAACAGGUCACCGGUACUGGAGCCACGGGAAGCUUCAAACUUGGAGAGAAGAAGGCUGCCGCUCCGAAAGUCAAGAAGCCUGUUGCAAAGAGGGCCGAUAAGGAAGCAGCUCCGGCAGCGGUGAAGAAGGAGAAGGCCGCGGCACCAAAGAAGAAGGUUGAAAAGAAGGUGGAGAAGGCUGAGAAGGCUCCAAAAGAGAAGAAAGCCCCAGCAAAGGCUUCAGCUGCUCCAGCUGCUCCUGCUGCCCCUGCUCCAAAGCCCACUCAAAAGGAAAAGGAAGCCCCUGCUGCUCCUGCCCCCAAAAAGUCAAAGUCAAAAAGCGUCAAAAGCACUAAGAAGACCUCUACCGCAAAGUCUAAUUAG